UGCAAGGAUACGGUAGGUACCGGUACCGGUAUCGUAUCGUAAUAAGUCAUUGCAUUGAAGUGUGAAAAAUGGGAGAGGAGGUGGAUUUUUUCAAUUUUCACAGAGCCGCAGCAAGCAAAUUAAAGAAGAGAUUCUUGAAAAAACCGAAUGUUGCAGAAGCAAGUAGUGAAUUUGAACAGCUGAAAAAUCAUUUGUCAAGGAUCGAGUGCUUUCCUUAUGCUGGAUUCACAGCAAUUGCUAGGGCCAAAUGUGAGCAAGGAUUGCUCAACCAAUCUGGUGAAGUAGAUUCACUUAUUGAAGCUGCUAGAUUUUUUCUAAAAGCAGACAAGGAAAUAGAUGAAAUGAAUUGUCCAAACUUUCACGAACAUUUGGAAUGCUCUAUGGGUUGUUUCAAUAUGUCUAUUAAAAUUUAUGAAGAAAACGGUAUGUCAGUCGCGGCUGGGAGUGUAUGCCUUGAACAAGCUGAAUAUUACAAACAAACUCACAGAUAUGAUCAAGCUAUUCAGCAUUAUCAAAGAGCUGUUGAGUACUUCUCUGGUUUGCCAUCUCAAGCUAUAUCCACGAUGGAUAAAGUUAUGUUAUGUCAAACACUAAUACGUGAUUUUCGUUCUGCCUUGAAUACAUCAAUGGAUAUGAUGAAAUUAAUCAAAAAAGAAGGUGCCUAUCAUCUAGAUCGAGUUACUCCUCUUGGAUGUUACAAUGACUACUAUAAAAAAUGUGAAGUAACUAGACUUUUACUUCUAUUGUUACUUCAACCUCGCCCUCUAGCAAUUAAUAAAGAUUAUGCAGAAGUAUUCCAACAGUAUACAUGGCCUGAUGAGGAAAGCAUGGCAUCUGGAUCACAUAUUUUAGACACAUUGCUUGGAGAAGAUUUAUUUAUUUUUCUUCGGUCACUUGUAAUGGCGUGUUCAGGUGGAGAUAUUGAUGCAAUAAAAACUGUUCAAGAUGGCGUAAAAGAUUAUAUAUCUGUUGAACAGAAUGUCCUAUUGCAAAGGAUUGUUGAUGAAAAUUGUCACCCAAAGUAUUGAAGUUAUAUUUUUCAUCAUUGUUCAAAUGGGUGCUCUGGAGCUCAACAGUCCACAAUCUUUAAAGCUCAAUAACUUUCCCAGUUAAAAGUAUAAGAAUGAAUUGUGAACCUUCAAUAUUGAUUCGCUAUUGGGAAAAAGGGCAAAACUCGACAUUCUGUCUCUUGCUGCAAUAUUUAUGUGGUCCGAACACUUAGUAUGUGGCAAAUUAAAAGGAGUAAAAUAAUAAUAAAAUGUUUUUAAACCAGGUUUGGCAUGAAGCAUUCCAAUGUGCAAUGAUAUAUAAGUUUAAAAUAUCUGAUCUAUAUUAUUUAACAAACUUGUAAAUGUAAAUAGUCAGAUAAAUGCAUACCGGUAAUUAGACGCUGUAUAAUGAUAUAUCUACUAGGUGGAAAUUCGAAAUUGAAUAUUUUUAUAAAAUUUGUCCAUUGUUAUGAAAUUUCAAAUUUCCGAUAUCAACAAAAAUAGUGCCUCUCUGGUAUCAAAUCAUACGUUGAACCUUGGAAGCGAUGUUCAUCAAAGUGAUCCAAUAAAAAGUUUGGGAUUUGUUUUCAAGUUUCCUUCCCUACUAUAAAGUGGAUAAUACAGUGGAUUGGGUGGGGGAGGAGUCCAGGGAUCUUCUCUCUCAUACCGUAAUCUUCUUGGCUUUCCGACCCUCAACAAGCACCACCAACACUUACCGUUACCAUCAUGUCGAUGUCGGUUAACUUUAAGGCAACUGGAUUUAAUCGUGCAAUAUGUCUUGUUCAAUAAAAUAGAAAAAAGGCAAA